UAUGGCGCUGUGGCAUCCAUUGGCAAAAAUCAGUUUUAUUUUAAAAGCAUAUAUUGGGGUUGCAUCUUAAGUUUCAAGUAAUAUAAGCCUUCCUAGAUAUUUGUAACAAGCUUUGUUAGUUUUUGCUCUUUCACUACUUAAUCAUCAAAGGUUGUGAUGUUCUUUCUACCCCACACUACUUCUCUCCUUCAAGCCACAGCCCUGGCAAACAUAGGAACACGGUUACAUUCCUAUUCUUUGUAUUUAACUACCAAUUGGAUACAAGGCAUUUUUGACCCACAAAAGUUAACCGUAAGUAAUCGUGAAAUGGACGGCGUUUCCUAUCAAUAAAAUGAAAUCUUUAUAAAUAUUCUUCAAAGGCCUUUGUUGCCAAACUCUUCUGGCAGGCAUAUGUUUAAUACUGGAUAUCUGUCAACUCUUGAGUGAAAUUACAAGUAAGCCUUUCUUCUUUCCAGGGAAAAAAAGCAAACCAAUAUGCUGCUGCAAGAACAAGGUGACUUUUCAUACUCUUCAUAGACAUUUAUAAGCUGUGGUUGAAAUGGAGCACUGAGGAGCUUGACCUUCUGUUUGUGGUCUGCAUGUGGACACUAAUGCUUGAAUAAACACGAUGAAAAUGCUACCUGGAGUGGGUGUUUUUGGGACUGGCAGCACUGCCCGAGUACUGGUACCUUUGCUAAGAGCUGAAGGUUUCUCCAUUGAAGCACUUUGGGGGAAGACUGAAGAAGAAGCAAAGCAGCUGGCAGAGGAAAUGAACAUUUCCUUCUACACAAGUCGGACUGAUGAUGUCUUGCUGCAUCAGGAUGUAGAUCUGGUUUGCAUCAACAUUCCUCCACCACUAACUCGGCAGAUUGCUGUGAAAGCCCUAGGUAUAGGAAAGAACGUGAUUUGUGAGAAAGCUGCUACUUCUGUAGAUGCCUUCAGAAUGGUUACAGCUGCCAGAUAUUACCCCAAGCUCAUGAGCAUUGUUGGCAACGUCCUCCGUUUCUUGCCUGCCUUUGUCAAAAUGAAGCAGUUAAUAGAAGAACACUACAUAGGCAAUGUAAUGAUCUGUGAUGUACGUGUGUACUGGGGAAGCCUGCUUAGUCAUAAGUAUAACUGGAUCUGUGAUGAGCUAAUGGGAGGAGGUGGACUGCACACCAUGGGCACCUACAUUAUAGACCUCUUAACUCAUCUAACUAGCAGGAAGGCUGAGAAAGUCCAUGGCUUGCUUAAAACAUUUGUGAAGCAGAAUGCAGCUAUAAGUGGAAUCCGUCACGUCACUAGUGAUGACUUUUGCUUCUUUCAGAUGCUUAUGAGUGGUGGUGUCUGUAGCACUGUGACUCUCAACUUUAACAUGCCAGGAUCAUUUGUUCAUGAAGUCAUGAUUGUUGGGUCUGCAGGUCGCCUUAUUGCUCGUGGGACAGACUUGUAUGGGCAGAAGAAUACAGCACUUCAGGAGGAACUGCUCUUUACAGAUUCUCUGGCCAUCAAUGCGGGGCUUCUGGAAAAGGGGUUUAAAGACAUCCCAUUGCUCUACCUGAAAGGAAUGGUAUAUAUGGUGCAGGCACUGCGACAGUCUUUCCAAGACCAGGAAGACCGUCGGACGUGGGAUCACAAACCAGUCUCUAUGGCAGCCUCUUUUGAAGAUGGACUCUAUACGCAAAGUGUAGUAGAUGCCAUAAAGAAAUCCAGCAGGUCUGGGGAGUGGGAAACUGUGGAAGUGAUGACUGAGGAACCAGAUGCCAAUCAAAACCUUUGUGAGGCACUUCAAAGGAAUAACCUAUAAAUGGAAACAUUCAUGUGGCUAUUUUGGAAGGUGGAAUCAUUGAAAAUGUCCAGCUGUAGCUGUAAAAGUUUCUCCGUUUUCAAGAUAUGUAGAUUCUUAUUUAAUAUUUGGGUGGUUUUCAUGCUUGUGGGUGAAACAUGUCUUGCUCUAAUGAAACUGUUCUCUGGCAGAUUGUUCUGUUUUAAACUCCUUUGAAGAGGUUUUUUUUUUUUAAUGUUUCUGUUUUUUAGAGCUCAAAUUCUGUUUUGGGGACUGUUGGCAAAACUUGAAUUGCCCUUUGCACUUGCAGUAACUAAAGUGACACAUGGAAUCUUUGCCAUUUUAUUACUGACAGAUGGGACACAAUCCCUCUUGCACAUAAUUCAAUUAUUUUAACAGUUUUAACAUGUGAGCAAGCCCAGGAAGCCUGUCUAACUCACCAGCCCUUGUCCUCUCUAAUAGGACUGUUUACAGAUUUUUUUUAGAUUUAGUCCUUUGCUUGUAAAAUGGUUUGAAAGAGAAGUGUACUGAUGUGGCAAAUCUGUUCUUCACAAAAUUUGAGCUUCAGAAGGGGAAAAAUAAAGCUCAGGCUUAGUGUUCCUCACAUAGCUAGUGUGUUGAGCUUUUUUUUCAAAUUUAAUUUCAAUUGGUAUCCACAUUUAAAAAUAUCCUGUGGAUUCUCUAUUGCCGGUCUCUGCAGUCUGUCAGGUUUUGGAGUGCUAUGGUUAUGUUGGCUAUUGUUCCAUCCACAUGAAUGCUGUUCUUUCAUACCAGAUACUUGGAAAAGUAAUAUCUCCCAUCAUUUUUUUUUUUUUUAAUCUCUACAUCUUCCUACCCCCAGAGCAGUUGUGAAUUGUGUUUGCUACCGGGCAGCACAGAUGCCAAAUUUAUUCUGAAAUGUUUUCAGCCCUGUGUUCUUUACUGAAGUCCUCACUGGCUUAUCAGGUGGUGUCUAUUGUUUGCUUAAUGUCACAUACGUUUGUUAAUGUGACAGAGAGUAACCUUCCAGGAAUUUAAAGGUGGAUGAAAAAAAAUAGAAACUAUUUCAUUGCCAUACUUUAGUGAUCCCUUUGCCAGCACAGUACGUAAACCUUGCAAGCUAAAUAGUGGCAACUGAACUGUUAAGGUAGUGAUGAUCUUCAGUGUCUAAGCUUUUUAAUGAUGUAGACUGGAUAUUACCUCCUGUGUUCCCACACCCCUUGAUUUGUAUUAAGGGGAAAUGUUUUGCUGCUGGCAGAUCUUGAGUAGAAUUUGACUCCAUUUCAGUAAUGUCUUUUGGUUAAGCUGUCAUUAAGAAGGGGUAACAACAUUUUAAUUAAAUGCAUUUUGUUUACUUGAAUGUCUUUAUUGUUUUCCCACUAGAUUUUAACCCUGUAUAUUUAUGUAAAGCACUAACAUGCAAACAUAUGUUUCAUAAACCCGUUCUUUCUG